UUGUUUUCAUUCUCAACCAUCCCCCUCCCUCAUUUGAUCCACAAAGAUCAUUAUUCUCUCUGAGAUUAUAGAGAGAGAGAGAGAGAGAGAGAGAGAGAGAGAGAGAGAGACUGAGAGAGAUGGAAGAGACAAAGUCGAGAUUCAAUAGGAUUUGUGUUUUUUGUGGUAGCAGUUCAGGGAAGAAAGCCAGCUACCAAGAAGCUGCUGUUGAACUUGGGAAGGAGCUGGUGGAGAGAAGGAUUGAUUUGGUCUAUGGUGGUGGAAGCGUGGGAUUGAUGGGUCUUGUUUCUCAGGCAGUUCAUGAUGGCGGGCGCCAUGUCCUAGGAGUUAUUCCAAGGACCUUAAUGCCUAGAGAGUUAACUGGUGAGACUGUUGGUGAAGUGAGAACUGUCUCAGAUAUGCACCAAAGGAAAGCUGAGAUGGCCCGUCAAGCCGAUGCUUUCAUUGCCCUCCCUGGUGGUUAUGGCACUCUAGAAGAAUUGCUGGAAGUCAUUACCUGGGCUCAGCUUGGAAUCCACCGCAAACCUGUGGGCCUCUUGAAUGUGGAUGGCUUCUACAAUUCUUUGUUGAGUUUCAUUGAUAAGGCCGUUGAUGAAGGCUUUAUUUCUACUACUGCACGUCAAAUCAUCGUGUCUGCUCCAACAGCCAAGCAAUUGGUCAGACAACUUGAGGAGUAUGUACCAGAGCAGGAUGAAAUAACAUCAAAGCUGGUUUGGGAAGAGGUGGACAGAAUAAAUUAUGUGUCUGAACCACGUGAUGUGUUGGCUUUUGAUUGAUCAUGCAAUAGAGUCUCCUCUUUUUGGGUGUUUUGGGUUUCACAGUAUAUACGGUUCAUAUACGGUCUGACACCGUACAUCUACAUCAGCAGCAGUAUAGGAACUUUGGGUCUUUUUGUAGCUGAGCCAGAAAAGGCUGAAGCACCCUCUCAAAGUCUCCGAUAUAUAAUAUAUAUAUUAUAUU